AUGGCAGACAGUACAGGUGGUAAGGUUCCACUUCUGAAUCCAAUACUCGCUAAAGAGAGUGAAGAUCAUCUCUAUCAUUUCGGCAUCACAAGAAGUGGCAUGGAUUUACCGAAACUUUUCGGUGAUAUUAAGUUUGUUUGCUGUGGUGGAAGCGCUACACGAUUAGCUCAAUACGCUCAGCAGUUCUCCAAAGAGAUUGGAAUUGAGGAUGCGAAGAAUUUGAGUAAAUCAGAUCGAUAUGUCAUGUAUAAAACCGGACCUGUAUUGUGGAUUAAUCAUGGUAUGGGUGUACCGUCGUUGAGUAUAAUGAUGAUUGAAACGAUCAAAUUGCUGCAUUAUGCGAACGCAAGUGACGUAACCUUCAUUCGAUUGGGCACAUCCGGUGGAGUUGGUGUCCAGCCAGGUACCGUCAUCGUUUCGAAUGGUGCUGUGAAUGGUGAGAUCGAGCAAUCCCAUAUUCAAUAUAUCAUGGGUAAAAAGGUACUGAGGCCAGCAGUUCUGGACAAACCACUGGGAGAAAAGCUUUAUGCCUUGGCAAAACAACUGAAUUUACCAGUCGAAACGGGCAAAACCUUCUGCGCUGAUGACUUCUAUGAAGGUCAAGCUAGAGUUGAUGGUGCAUUCUGCGAAUAUACCGUAGAAGAUAAGUUCAAUUUCUUGCGUCGACUCUAUGAGAAUGGUGUUCGUAAUAUCGAAAUGGAAUCGACUUGCUUUGCCGCAAUGACACGUCGAGCUGGAAUCAGAGCUGCGAUUGUGUGCGUCACGCUGGUGAAUCGAAUGGAAGGCGAUCAAGUUGACGUCGAAAAAUCAUUGUAUCACGAAUUCGAAGGUCGUCCUUUUAAGCUGAUCACCGCAUUCAUCAAACAACAGAUGGGAAUCGAAAUGAACGGCGAUAAACGAUAA